AUGGUUGUUAAAGCUAUUGCUCGAAAUUCCAUAGGACGUAACGGGGUGGGAGCAUUUGUGUUUCCAUGCAAAAAGGUUACUUUGCAGUACUGCAACUGGGGAGGAUCUUCAGAAGGCAUGAGGAAGUUUUUGACUUCAAAGAGGCUAGACAAAUGGGGCCAGGAAUUUCCAUGGAUACAGUUUGAAGUGUUGAGAAAGUCUGGACACCCGCUACUGAGGGCGGAGUAUACGAAUGGACGUGAAAAAGUUGUAUGUGUGAGGAACUUGAACAUUGAUAAUCUAGAAAACAAGCUAAAACUAUUGAAAGAUUCCAGUGGAGACAUUCUGCGUAGAAGAACAAAGAAUGAUAACGUGGAAAGUUUGAAUAGUAGUGUAAGAGGUAUAUGGUCCCCUCUACAUGCUGCACAGAAGCAUAGGGUUUAG